AUGCAAUCAACAUCGUUUCAUCAUUUCGUGUAAGUUUUCAAACAAUUUUUUUCGAAAAUUAGAUCAUUUUCAAUUUUUUUUUGAAGAUGCGAUGAUCCAACUCGAUAUUCCGAAGAUCAAGUUGCAUGCAUUUGUGAUUGUCUAGCAAAUGAUGUUCGAAAACUUGUAAGACAAUUUUCAGCCUAAUAAUGAUUCUUGAUCAUUCUGUAUUCUAUUUUCAGAGUCAAUUUGUAUGGAUAAUUUCUGAAAGAGAUGAUAUGCGUGGAAAUCAAGAUAUUCUAAAGGCACAAGCUAAUAUUGCAUAUCACUCCAAUAACUUCAAAGAACUCUAUCGGAUUAUUGAAACACAUCAAUUUUCUUCCGAACAUCACGCAACACUUCAAGAAUUCUGGCUAAACGCUCACUAUCAUGAGGUACAGAGUUUCUUUCGGAAGUAAUUAUGAGAGUCAAAAAUUUAGGCGGAAAAGUUGCGAGGUCGUCAACUUGGAGCUGUUGGAAAAUAUCGAAUUCGGAGAAAAUAUCCACUUCCAAGAACGAUUUGGGAUGGAGAAGAGACCAGUUAUUGUUUCAGAGUAAGCAUUGAGUUCAAAAAAUUUUAAAGGAAAAAUUUUGUCAAACUUUAGGAUAAAUCUCGAGUGUUGCUUCGUGAGUGGUACUGUAGAAAUUCGUAUCCGAGCCCAAGAGAAAAGCGAGAACUCGCGGAUAAAACACAUUUGACAAUUACACAGGUGGGAUUUGAAAGGAGGUUUGAAAGGGAUCUGGGACCUUGGAGGGAAAUUUUUGUCUGUUUUUUAAUUCGAAAUUAGUCUUUUCAUUUCCAAGUUUUUUUUUUGAAAAAGUUUAAAAAUAAAAAUCAAAAAAGCAUAAAAAAUUUUGAAUUCAAAGUUUUUUAUCAGUAAGCCCGAAUUUCGCCAUAUCAUAAUUUUUUCCAGGUCUCAAACUGGUUCAAAAAUCGUCGCCAACGCGAUCGCGCUGUUGAUCCCCGAGAAUCUAAAGACAUUGGAAGUGAGGAGGAAGAAAUUCUCAAGAUCUCGCGAAAAACCAAGUCUCUCGCAUAUCCUCCAACUUAUACUUCAAACUUUCCCAAUUUUUACAACAUGGUUAAUUACAACGACAUGAUGACCAACUUUGCGCAAUCCUCCAAUCCAAACUAUCAAUCGCUUUAA